UUCCAUUUCGCUGUGCUAACAAAGUCUUGGAGCAGUGCAACCGCCUAACCUUGGAGCUGUCCUCAGCUGCCGUUGAUGCAGAAAAAGCGAAGUCUGGAGCCGCGCGUGAGCUCCUUUUUUGGCCUUCUCCAGGCGGGAGUGGAAGGCGGCCGCGCUCGGCGGCCCGGGGGAUGAGAGGCUGGCGAGGUGGCCAUUGGCUGCGGGGCUGGGGAGCUGCUUCCUCGGCUCCUCCCGGCCUCUCCCGCAAGGACAGUCGCCGGUUCACGCCUUAGCAUGGAAGAAGGAGCUCAUCCGGGGAGGAAAAUGCAGCCGGGUCAUGAUGAAGAAGCUGUUGUGGAUAUGGGCAAAAUCAGCUCUACUAUCAAUACAAACUUUGAGAAAGAAGAACUAGAGAGCCACAGAGCUGUGUAUAUUGGAGUUCACGUCCCCUUUGGAAAGCAGGGCCGUCGACGGCAUAGACAUCGUGGGCACAGGCAUCACAGAAGAAAAAAAGAAAAAGAAACUGAUAGAGAGGAUGGCCGAGAAUCUCCAUCAUAUGACACGCCGUCCCAACGAGUGCAAUUUAUCCUGGGUACUGAAGAUGAUGAUGAACACAUUCCCCAUGAUCUCUUCACUGAAAUGGAUGAACUUUGCUUCAGGGAUGGAGAGGAAUAUGAAUGGAAAGAAACUGCUCGGUGGCUAAAAUUUGAAGAGGAUGUUGAAGAUGGAGGUGAUCGAUGGAGCAAACCUUACGUAGCAACUCUGUCUCUACACAGUCUCUUUGAACUACGAAGCUGUAUUCUUAAUGGGACGGUCAUGUUGGACAUGAGAGCAAACACACUAGAUGAGAUAGCAGAUAUGGUUUUGGACAACAUGAUUGCUUCUGGCCAGCUGGAUGAAUCCAUAAGGGAGAACGUGAGAGAGGCUCUUCUAAAAAGGCACCAUCAUCAGAACGAGAAAAAAUUCAGCAAUCGGAUUCCCCUGGUUCGGUCUUUUGCAGAUAUAGGCAAGAAACAUUCUGACCCUCACUUGCUUGAACGAAAUGGGGAAGGCCUUUCAGCCUCCCGCCACUCUUUGCGAACAGGUCUCUCUGCCUCAAAUAUUUCCCUGAGAGGAGAAAACCGUUUGUCUGUUCUUCUCAAUUACCUUCUUCCUUCUUCAAGAGCUGGAACUCCGGCAACCUCAAGGUGUACAACCCCUGUCACUACCCCUCAAAACACACCACCCUCCAGUCCUACCUGCAGCCACCCGCCAACCACAAGUGCCCAGCCAAGUUCACUUCAGGGCAAGGAAUUGCUGGUGUCCUCUGCCAGUGAUGAUAUUCCUUCAGUAAUUAUCCAUCCACCUGAGGAGGACUUAGAAGUUCAGGACAGCCAGGAAAAGAAGACAGAGGAAAAUAUUGGCAAAACACCAGGGUUAUUAGCAUCUCCACAAUCAGCACCUGGAAAUUUAGACAAUGGGAAGAGUGGAGAUGUUAAAGGUACUGGGACAGGUGGAAGCAGAGAAAACAGCACCGUUGAUUUUAGUAAGGUUGACAUGAACUUCAUGAGGAAAAUUCCUUCAGGAGCAGAAGCAUCAAACGUGUUAGUGGGAGAAGUAGAUUUUUUAGAAAGACCUAUUAUUGCUUUUGUGAGGCUCUCCCCUGCUGUGCUUCUCUCAGGUCUCACAGAGGUUCCUGUUCCUACACGAUUUUUGUUUUUGUUGCUGGGACCAGCAGGCAAAGCUCCACAGUACCAUGAAAUUGGAAGAUCAAUAGCAACACUGAUGACAGAUGAUGUUUUCCAUGAUGUUGCCUAUAAAGCAAAAGACCGAAAUGAUUUAUUAUCAGGAAUUGAUGAAUUUUUAGACCAAGUGACAGUCCUACCUCCAGGAGAAUGGGAUCCAUCUAUACGAAUUGAGCCACCAAAAAGUGUUCCUUCCCAGGAGAAAAGAAAGAUACCUAAGUUUCCCAAUGGAUCUACUCCUACAGGAGAGACUCUUAAAGAAGAAGGCCAUCAUGCUGGACCCGAACUUGAGAGAACUGGAAGGCUUUUUGGUGGUUUGAUACUUGACAUCAAAAGGAAAGCACCUUUUUUCUUGAGUGACUUCAAGGAUGCAUUAAGCCUGCAGUGCCUGGCCUCGAUUCUUUUCCUAUACUGUGCCUGUAUGUCUCCUGUAAUCACUUUUGGAGGGCUCCUGGGAGAAGCUACACAAGGCAGAAUAAGUGCAAUAGAAUCUCUCUUUGGAGCCUCGUUAACUGGGAUUGCCUAUUCUCUCUUUGCUGGGCAACCUCUUACUAUUUUGGGGAGCACCGGACCAGUUCUAGUAUUUGAAAAAAUAUUAUUUAAAUUUUGCAGGGAUUAUGAGCUUUCCUACCUCUCCCUACGAACUAGCAUUGGUCUGUGGACUGCAUUUUUAUGCAUAGUGCUUGUAGCAACAGAUGCCAGCAGCCUUGUCUGUUACAUCACUCGAUUUACAGAGGAAGCUUUUGCAGCGCUUAUAUGCAUCAUAUUUAUUUAUGAGGCAUUGGAAAAGCUUUUUCAUUUGGGAGAAAUAUAUGCCUUCAAUAUGCACAAUAAUUUGGAUAAACUGACUUUAUAUUCAUGUGUGUGCUCUGAGCCUCAGAACCCUAGCAACGAAACCUUGCGGGUCUGGGGGAAAAUGAAUAAGUCUGUGGAAACUAUUGUAUGGAGUAACCUUACAGUAUCUGAAUGUUUAGAAUUUCAUGGUGUGUUUCGUGGAUCAGCUUGUGGCCAUCAUGGACCAUAUAUUCCAGAUGUUCUCUUUUGGUCUGUCAUAUUAUUCUUUACAACGUUUUUCCUCUCCUCUUUCCUUAAGCAAUUCAAGACCAAACGCUAUUUCCCAACUAAGGUGCGUUCUACCAUCAGUGACUUUGCAGUAUUUCUGACCAUUGUAAUCAUGGUUUUGAUUGACUAUCUUGUAGGAGUACCUUCUCCUAAGCUUCAUGUUCCAGAGAAAUUUGAACCCACGAGAAAAGACCGAGGAUGGUUCAUAGAUCCUCUUGGAGGCAAUCCUUGGUGGACGUUGCUGAUAGCUGCGGUUCCUGCCUUACUCUGUACGAUUCUCAUUUUCAUGGAUCAACAAAUAACAGCUGUUAUUAUAAACAGAAAAGAGCAUAAACUGAAGAAAGGCUGUGGUUAUCAUCUUGAUCUGUUCAUGGUUGGUGUUAUGUUGGGUGUAUGUUCUAUCAUGGGUUUACCAUGGUUUGUCGCAGCAACUGUCCUGUCCAUAAGUCAUGUUAACAGCCUGAAAGUUGAAUCUGAGUGCUCUGCACCGGGAGAGCAACCAAAGUUUUUGGGAAUCCGGGAGCAGCGAGUGACAGGAUUGAUGAUUUUUGUCCUCAUGGGUCUUUCAGUGUUCAUGACCUCUGUGUUAAAGUUUAUUCCAAUGCCAGUUUUGUAUGGUGUCUUUCUCUACAUGGGAGUUUCUUCAUUAAAAGGCAUUCAGUUUUUUGACCGUAUAAAACUGUUUGGAAUGCCUGCCAAACAUCAACCUGACCUGAUAUAUCUACGUUAUGUACCACUCUGGAAGGUCCAUAUCUUUACAGUUAUUCAGCUCACUUGUCUUGUUCUGUUGUGGGUGAUUAAAGCCUCUGCAGCUGCUGUUGUUUUCCCUAUGAUGGUUCUAGCAUUAGUGUUCAUUCGCAAGCUCAUGGAUUUAUGUUUCACCAAAAGAGAGCUUAGCUGGCUUGAUGAUCUUAUGCCAGAAAGUAAAAAGAAGAAAGAAGACGACAAAAAGAAAAAAGAGAAGGCAGAAGCAGAGAGAAUGCUUCAGACAGGGGACAAUGAAAGCGUACACCUUCAAUAUGGAGAAGGAAAUGUCUUGAAUUUUCCCGUAAAAACCCUAAAAUACAGCGUUGAUCCCUCAAUUGUAAACAUAUCAGACGAAAUGGCCAAAACUGCACAGUGGAAGGCUCUUUCCAUGAAUUCUGAGAAUGCCAAAGUAACCAGAGCUAACCUGAGCCCUGAGAAGCCGGAAAGUGUGAAAAUAAAUGUAGAAGAUGCACCUGUUGUGAAAUACGUGGAUGCUGAAACAUCUUUAUAGAACUGAACCAAGGGGAAUUAAUUGUGUGUAUUUGUGCGUGUGUAUAUAUCACUGUAGGGUAUUACACCAUUGAAGUGUGAUUUCCAAUUUAAGUAAUAUGUAUUUAAUUCUGCCAUUGUUUAGGGCACUGUAGAUAUGCUUACAUAAGGAGAAGAUUUUCCUACAAGUCAGAUGAGUGGUAAUCACACUUCAGCUAUUUAUUUUAUCGGAAGUUUUAUUUUAAUUUUUAAAUAGGAAGAUUGUAAUGAAUGCAUAUUAUUUUCAAUAAUCAGUAUGUGCAUAAAAGUUAAGUCAGCUUUUGCUGAUGAUUACUGGUCCACAUUGCUUAGAAUUUUGCAAUACCUCUGUUUAUAAUGUGCUACAGAAGUUUGUUUUCUGUGCAGGAAAUUACUGCUUGUUUUUGCAGGGUAUUUUUUUGUGAUUUCAUAGAUCAAUUAUUAAUGUGCUGUUAACAUGAACUACUGUGUUUUAUGUCUCCACUACAUGCUAAUGUUAUUUGGAUUCUGUCACUCAUAUUUUACAGACAUGGCCUAGAGCCCUAAGUCAGGUGGCUAAUCAAUCCUUAAAAUAUAUGUAAAUAUUCUGUUCUGCUACUAUUUUUUAAAAUACACUCUUGAUUUUUCAUUGUCAUUCAGUAGCAGUAUGAGUGCAGUAACUAUAGUUACAAUCCCAAGUCAGUAUUUGCCAUUCUGGAAACUCCAUGUUUACACAAUAUAAAUUGGAUUUACAGAUAGCAAUUUGGUCUAUAGGAAGUCAUACAUACUUGCUACACUAGCACUCUUGAAUUGUUUUCCUGUUUUUACGUUUUCCACUGACUUUGAAAACCUGAUAUACUCAACUGUAAGACUGACAUUUCAGAGUAUUUCUUGUCCUCAUCAAAAUAUUUUUCUUGCUUAAUUCAUUUUAAAAUUCACUGUGUAUUUGAUUAAAUUUGCCAUGGUUUAAUUCUGUGAUAGGUUUAUGAUCAGUAUUAUUUUAUGGAUUACAAAUUGCGUGUGGUAUUUGUUUGUACAGUUCUGAUCUUCUCCAUUGUAAAGGGCAUAUAUGAUAGCACACCAACUUAAUUUUAAACAUUUUAUUUAUUUUAAUUAGUAUAAAAUUUUAUCAUGUUAGAACAAUUGAAAAAAUAAAUAUUCAUUUAUUAAAGUAAAUGGGAUUUUUGGGGGCUCACUGAUAAAAAUGCAGUCAGUGCAUUUUAUUGUACUUAUUUUCAAGGUCUAGUGUUUAGCAUUAUAAUAUCUCAAAUGAGAAUUUUAUGUGUAAAUGAAAAUCUUGAUUGCUUACCUGCUGCAGUGUCCAUUAUUUUUUUUUCUUUUUGCCUUAUGCCUUAGUUUCUUGACUUUAUUUCCUGAAAUGGUCUAUUUUCUGAAGUGAUACCAGCCCUUUCUGAAUGUGUUAAAAUGGCUUUAAUUGAGAUCUGUGUGAAUGUCAAACCGAGACUAUGGCUGCUUGCUUAAUUCUGUUUUUAGCAAAGUUGGGAGUUUUACCAUGGGCUGCAUGGUAAAAUUCUCAACAAAAGCAAAAGGAGAAGAUUUUGGAAGAGGGUGGAGUUCAUCUGAAAACACCAUUUAAGGUGGAAUUCUGGUGCUCUUCAGAGAAUUGACACUUGGACAGAAGAUGAUUGUAUGUUACAAAAUAAACCAAUCAGUGAGAAUAAGUGGAAAUAUUUAAAAACAGCUUUUAAGUUACACGCACUGUUACCUUUUGCUUUACAUAUAAUGUAGUUGUUGUUGUUUUAUGUUCUUUUCCAUUUGGCUGAAUUGAUAAGGCAGUUUACUGAAAAUCAUAACGUACAGCAAUAUGAGUAGUCCUACCCAAACUGUCAUGAUGAAGGCUCAGGUCAGGGAAAAAAAGUGAGGUCUGCAUUACCGAUUUGACUAAUACUGUGUAUGGCCUGUAUUGAUGCUCCUUUUUCCUUAGAUGUAGUAGUGUAGCUUGUGCCUUACCUUGAGUAUGUUUUCUGUCAGAAAAUACCUGUGCUUUCCGUCUAGUCAAACUGAGAUGCAAUAAAAGUAUGGCAGAUGGUUUUCCAAAAAUUUAGCGUUAUGAAAAAGAAAAAAAAAAAAAAAAAAGUAAACCACAGUUGUUGACUGUUAGUUAGUUCCUGGUGAAAGUGGGAAAAUACUAUUUUGAGCAGUUUACAUAGUGUUAUCCACAGUACACUACUCAUGUACAAGUCUUCCUGUUAGUAUUUUACACUUCAUGUUCACAGCCCUACAGUGAUUUCCAAAGACCCCCCAAAAAUUAGUAUAAGCCUCUUAGAUUUUUAACUCUUUAAUGCCAGAAAUCAGGGUUUCCUGGUGCUGCACAUCUUUUAACUGGCUUCUUCUGAAGGGUUAAGUUUGGGCCAAUAUUAAAAGAAGUGGGCUUUUCUCUAGUGGAUUAAUAUUAAUAAUAAUAAAAAAAAGGUCCACAUGUCUAAUCAAAGUAUUUCUUCAUUAAUUGUGUAGACAUUUAAAUCAGUGCCAGAAGUACUAUGACUUGCAAAGCAGUUUACAGUGACCUUUAGUUCCAGUGUUCUUUGUUAGUAGUACGUUAUGCUUGCACUUUUCCCACCCCACACAAAUACAAGAAGACCUGGUAUUAAGUGCAUAAAAAACCCAUUGAUAACUUAUGGUUAAGUAAUUUGCUGCUCAUUUUACACCACUUCUGCUUUAAAAUUGUGCAUAGUAUUAAAGUAAAACAGCUAAUGAUAUAAUUAACAGACCAUAUGUAGAUUUAUGUUUUGCCUUAAUGGGUACAAAAGAACAGUGAUAAAUACUGUGCACUGAUUCUUUCAUAGGGAUUAAGCCCUAUAAAAAUUAAGCCAAUAUAUUUCCAUUCCAACAGUUAAGAAAAUAAACAACCCUGCACUUUUUUUAGAUGCCUUGGUUUCCCGGAAUGGAGCUUAGUGCUACUGUGUAUCUGGCUGCAGAGCCACCUCAGGAAGUCCCUGUUUUUUUUUUUUUUUUUUUUUUCCCUUUUCUUUUUCUAAUUUAUUUAUAAAUAUGAAUGUUUACAUAAAGUGUAGGUCUUAAUUUUGACCACUCCAUUUAAAUUAUCAUCUAAAAUAUUUCAGAGAAAAUGCAGUCUCCUGUUUAAAUUAUGUUCUACAAAACUCUUUAGUACUUUUCAUGUGUAUUACGAUUUCAUUCUGUUUACAUAUGCCCAAGUUCAUUAUAGUUUCUUCCUAGAUUAAUGUUGCAGCUGUAACAGGACAUCUUACAUUGUUAUUUAGUGAAAUGUUCCAAAUUGCCAAGUUUGUCGUCGUAAAGCCUGUUAGGAUAGAAUUUGGUGCCCUAGUGGGAUUUUUCAACCAAAUGUAUUGGCCAUUUUUUCUAUAUGUAAUGAAAGCUCUCCAAUAACUUUUCAUCUACUUCACCUCUAUCUUUGUCUUUAUAUGGUAGCUUCCUAAUUUGUGCCCUUUGCAAAGACAGGUUCAACUUGUUGUAAAAUAUAUCUGUAACAAAUUGGUGUCAUGUCACAGAGCCUGCACCAUUUUAAAGGGUUAUCUUGUACAUACAUUCUGUAAAUCAGAAGAUAAAUGGUUCAUGAUUUUUGGGUCAGAAAUGUAGUCUGUUAGAUGAGCAUCGCUAUGAUUUUAGUUUUCAUUUUGCUGUAUGUGAUUAGUAAUGUUUUAAUUACUCAUCUAGUUCAAAUUCAUUAUCAAGUACAGUACAAACGUGUGAAAUACUUUGUUUAUACCAACAGUAAUUUAUUUUACAGCAGAUUUUAAGACUAGAAGCACACAGCUUUGAGUCAGUGUAAAAGUAGUGCUAUAAAUACAAAGCAAAUUGCUUAGAAUUUUAAGUCAAUUUUAUUUUGUAACUUUUUAGUGAAAACUUAUAGGAACUUCUUAGUUGUCGUUGAAGUUAAUCUAAAGACACUUUCAUAUUGAAUUUAGUAUCUGUUGACGUUUAUUUGGAAUAAUGACUGAGUUUGAAAAUCAGUACUUUUCUAAAUGAUGAUUUAUCAACAAGACACGUGAUUUAUAAUGGGUUUUCUUUCUAUCGUUGCUGAUACUCCUGCGCAACUGGGUCUUCCAUGGUUCAGCAUCUGUAGCUGAACUACGAUUUUGAUCUUAACGCUGAUUAUUUGAAAUGUGAUAACUGUACGGUUCAAAUUUUUAUGACUGUUUUUCUAAUUACAAUGAUGCUUUUUUAAUUUAACAAAAUCCAAAGCCAGUGACAACGUUAUUCCAAAUGUAGAACCGCUCGCUAUUCAGUUCCUGUAGAAAACACGACUCUCAGACUUGUCUUUGAUGUGAAAGAUCCAGCCUUUAUUGUUUUAAUUACUGGUAGAAUAAAAUUAUCUUUUGUAAUGUUUCGGACAGUUGGUAAAAGCAAUAAAAAUCAACCGAACAAUAAA